AUGGCGACCGACCCAGCCAAGUACAAGCUCAAUCACUCCAUGAUCCGUAUCAAGGAUCCGAAGCGGUCUGUCGAAUUCUACGAGUUCCUGGGCAUGAAAGUCAUCAAUAAACUCCAGAACCCCGACGCAAAAUUCGACCUCUACUUCCUCGCAUACGAUAGUCCAAAGGCAGUCUCACACGGAAACCACUGGACAGAUCGCGAGGGCAUUGUCGAGCUCACACACAACUAUGGCACAGAGGACGACCCAAACUACAAAAUCACAAAUGGCAACACAGAACCACACAAGGGCUUCGGACAUCUAUGCAUAUCGGUAGACAACCUUCAAGCCGCGUGCCAGCGACUAGAGGAUGCCGGUUACAAAUUUCAAAAGAAACUGACAGAUGGGCGGAUGCGCCAUAUCGCGUUUGUCCUGGACCCUGAUGGCUAUUGGGUUGAGGUAAUCGGCCAGAAGCCGUUGGAAGAGACUGAGAGUGUCAAGGACACAGAUACAAGCACAUACCGAAUGAACCACACUAUGAUCCGUGUCAAAGACAAGGAUGCCUCACUCAAGUUCUAUCAGGAUGUGAUGGGUAUGAAGCUUAAACGCACAUCAGAGAAUCCGAAUGCUAGCUUCAACCUUUACUUCCUUGGAUACGGCCCGGUUGACUCCGAUAAGCCAGCAAACAGCGAAGGCGUACUUGAGUUGACCUGGAACUACGGCACGGAAAAUGAUGCAAACUUCAAGUACCACAACGGGAACGAUGAGCCGCAGGGGUUUGGCCAUAUCUGUCUCUCCGUCGAUGACUUGGAAGCAGCCUGUGCUCGCUUCGAGGAAAAGGGUGUCAAUUGGAAGAAACGGCUUACAGAUGGCCGAAUGAAAAACAUCGCAUUUGUGUUAGACCCCGACGGCUACUGGAUUGAGGUCGUACAAAACGAGAAGCUCAAGACACACUCCAAUUGGUAA